GGAUCCAAUGUCUGUAGCUACACCGGAGUUUUCUGUUCUCGCGCUCUCGAUAAUCGCCGGAUCCGUACCGUCGCCGGAAUCGAUCUCAACCACGCCGAUAUCGCUGGGUAUUUGCCUGAGGAGCUUGGUUUGUUGACAGAUCUGGCUUUGUUUCAUGUUAAUUCGAAUCGUUUCUGUGGAACUGUGCCUCGUAAGUUCAAGCAGCUUAAGCUUUUGUUUGAGCUUGAUCUCAGUAACAACAGAUUCGCCGGGAAGUUUCCGACGGUGGUUCUUCAGUUACCGUCGUUGAAGUUUUUAGAUCUCCGGUUUAAUGAGUUCGAAGGAACCGUACCGAAGGAGCUUUUUAGUAAACCUUUAGAUGCGAUUUUCAUUAACCAUAACCGGUUCCGGUUUGAGUUACCGGGAAAUUUAGGUGAUUCUCCGGUUUCGGUUAUCGUUCUUGCGAAUAACCAUUUCCACGGCUGUGUUCCGACGAGUUUGGUGGAGAUGAAGAAUCUUAAUGAGAUUAUUCUGAUGAACAAUCAUUUGAAUUCUUGUUUGCCGGCGGAUAUCGGAAGGUUGAAGAACGUGACGGUGUUUGAUGUUAGUUUUAAUGAGCUUGUUGGUCCGUUGCCCAAGAGUGUUGGUGGUUUGGUGGAGGUUGAGCAGUUGAAUGUGGCUCAUAAUUUGUUGUCUGGGAAGAUUCCGGCGAGUGUUUGUCAGCUUCCGAAGCUUGAGAACUUCACUUAUAGUUAUAAUUUCUUUACUGGUGAAGCUCCCGUAUGUUUGAGAUUGUCUCAGUUUGAUGAUCGGAGAAAUUGUUUGCCGGGGAGACCUGCUCAGAGAUCUUCACGGCAAUGUUCAGCUUUCUUGUCACGGCCGCCGGUGGAUUGUCGAUCUUUUAGUUGUGGUCGUUCUGUUUCACAGUCUCCUCCAUUUGUAGCAUUACCGCCGCCUCCUCCUCCAUCGCCACCUCUACCUCCACAAGUCUACUCUCCUCCGCCGUCACCUCCUGUU